AGGGGCGACAAAUAGUUCCCUUUUGAGUCCCACGUGAACGGUAGUUGUAGAAGUAGCCAUGGCAGCUCUUGACGUCUGUGGAGAAUGGCUUAUUUCAACUUGUGACAAAAAACUAAUUGCAGUACACACGAAACAGAGCAGAGAACCAUUUGUGUUCGAUUGCAGCACAGCAGAAGCGAAGCCAAAGUGCACAGAGUCUGACAAAAGUGAUGUCGGUGGAUCGGAGGAGACCAGUAGUGAUAGAAUCUUGGCAGUUGCUGUAUCUACUUCAGGGAAACGGGUGGCACUGACCGAUGACACCAAACGCCUGGUUCUGUUCCAAUGUGAACCCUCUUGGCAGGUCAUCAGUACAAGGUGGGUGGUGCGAAGGGGCACGUCUCUAGUAUUCACCAAGGAUGAGAAUGAAGUGUGGAUGGCAGACAAGUCCGGAGAUGUCUACUCCUUCUCCGUGGUCGAGCCCCAGAAGACAGGAGACUUGAAGCUGGGACAUCUGUCCAUGCUGCUAUCCAUGACGCUGACACCCGACAGCAAGUAUGUAAUCACCGCCGACCGCGAUGAGAAGAUCAGGGUGAGCCACCUGAAGUCUCCAUACAACAUCCAGGCUUUCUGUCUGGGACAUUUGGAGUUUGUCAGUUCUCUAUUGGUUCCUCCAGGGCAUCCACACUGGCUACUCUCUGGAUCUGGGGACGGGACAGUGAAGCUCUGGGAGUACGAGUCAGGCCGGAGGGUCCAGACCUGGGAUCUAAAGCAGCUGAGGGACAUGCCAAACUCAGAAAACGAAAAGAAGUCUGCGGUCAGCAGAAUUGCUGGCUCCCCUUGUGGUCGUCACGUGGCCGUGCAGUGUGAAAGACUACCCUCAGUGCAGCUCUUUGCAGUGGACCAGGAGGGAGAAGCUCAUUUGGUGCCCUCCAGUAGACUGACACUUUCCCACUGUCCUCUGGAUUUGACCUUUGACCCAGAGGGUCGGCUAUGGGUCCUGCUGGAUAGCCGCGAGAUGCCGUUCCUCAUGUACACGCACACGGGUGGCAGCUGGACGCCCAACAGUGUGAGCCCAGAGCUGAAGAGAGUCACAGAGGCCCUUAGGCCGCACUGGGAUGCACUUCAGAUCUCAGCCGGGUUAGAGAGCCGCUUCCAGCACCUGUACAAGGUCAGCUUUGACAACAUGGCGUCUUACAGGCAGAAGAAACAGGAGAGGCUUCAACAGCAGAAUGAACACUGGGACAAGAAGAGGGGACCAGGGAAUGUCCAGCAGUCCAAUGGAGCCAGUAAGAAAGCCAAAGGCGACAAACCCGUGGCCCAAGCCUCUAAAUGACAGGAGCGAUAUUAUAUAUUUAGGUUUAAAAUAGCGUCAGAGAUUCCCCCUGUGUUCUUUGUUUGGAUGUAUAUAGGCUGAAAUGGCCCAGACCACUCGGAGAUGCCUCGGGCAGCAGAUGUCUGACGGAAAUGUUUUAUGAUUAUGUACAAAGAAUGUUAUUGUUUUCUUAAUUUUAUUUUGAAAUAAAACAUUGUGACUGACAGCUUGACACCUAAAAGGUGUCUGUUGUUGUUGUCGUCGGGUGUGACGUGACCUCUGUAAUGUCGUACGUUGACCACUAGGAGUCCAACUCCUAUUUGUUGUGACAUUUUGUUGACCUUCAUGGUACAGUCUGUCAACCUUUAACUUAACCUUGUCUUAACGUGCCCUGUCUUCAUAAAAAAAAAACUAAAAAAAUA